AAUGGAGAUUCAAUUCACUAACUUAGUUGCAUUUUUGGUAUUUCUCUCAACCAUAUUUCUUCUAUUCAAAAAAUGGAAAACUCAAAAGCUAAAUUUGCCUCCUGGUCCAUGGAAAUUACCUUUUAUUGGAAGCUUACAUCAUUUGGCAGUGGCAGGCCCACUCCCUCAUCAUGGUCUAAAAAAUCUAGCAAAACGCUAUGGGGCGCUCAUGCACUUACAACUCGGAGAAAUUCCUACCAUCAUCAUUUCUUCACCACGUAUGGCUAAGGACGUACUAAAAACUCAUGACUUGGUUUUUGCAACGAGGCCGAAACUUGUAGUGGCCGACAUCAUCCACUAUGAUAGUACGGAUAUAGCAUUUUCUCCUUAUGGUGAAUAUUGGAGACAAAUUCGUAAAAUUUGCAUACUUGAACUCCUUAGUGCCAAGAUGGUCAAAUUCUUUAGCUCGAUUCGUCAAGACGAGCUAUCGAAGAUGGUUUCGUCUAUACGAACGAUGCCUAAUAAUCUUCCGGUCAACCUUACAGAUAAAAUAUUUUGGUUUACAAGUUCGGUAACUUGUAGAUCAGCUUUAGGAAAAAUAUGUUGUGACCAAGAUAAAUUGAUAAUUUUUAUGAGGGAAAUAAUAGCAUUGGCAGGUGGAUUUAGUGUUGCUGAUUUUUUCCCUACAUGGAAAAUGUUACAUGACCUUGGUGGUUCGAAAACUAGACUGGUGAAGGCACAUCGUAAAAUCGAUGAAAUUUUGGAAAAUGUAGUGAAUGAGCACAAACAAAAUCGAGCGGAUGGUAAAAAGGGUAAUGGUGAAUUUGGAGGUGAAGAUUUGAUCGAUGUUUUGUUAAGAGUUAGAGAAAGUGGAGAAGUUCAAAUUCCCAUCACGGAUGAUAAUAUUAAAUCAAUAUUAGUCGACAUGUUCUCCGCGGGAUCUGAGACAUCAUCGACUACUAUAAUUUGGGCAUUAGCUGAAAUGAUGAAGAAACCGAAUGUUUUAGCAAAGGCACAAGCUGAAGUGAGACAAGUCUUGAAAGAGGAGAAAGGUAUUCAACAAAUUGAUCUUGAUGAGUUAAAGUACUUGAAGUUAGUAAUCAAAGAAACUUUAAGGAUGCACCCUCCAAUUCCUUUGUUAGUCCCUAGAGAAUGUAUGGAGGAUACAAAGAUUGAUGGGUACAAUAUACCUUUCAAAACUCGAGUCAUAGUUAAUGCAUGGGCAAUUGGACGAGAUCCUGAAAGUUGGGAUGACCCUGAAAGCUUUUCACCAGAGAGAUUUGAAAAUAGUUCUGUUGAUUUUCUUGGAAGUCAUCAUCAAUUUAUCCCGUUUGGUGCUGGGAGAAGAAUUUGUCCAGGAAUGCUAUUUGGUUUAGCCAAUGUUGGACAACCUUUAGCUCAAUUGCUUUAUCACUUCGAUUGGAAACUCCCUAACGGACAAAGUCACGAAAAUUUGGACUUGACAGAGUCACCUGGAAUUUCUGCAACAAGAAAGGAUGAUCUUGUUUUGAUUGCCACUCCUUAUGAUCCUUGAGUUUA